AUGUCCCAUCGCCGGGCAUAUUCCAAUGUGCCUAGCGGCGGCGCAAUAGGUCGGCCUUUGGCCCAGGAGCCACGCACGCAUUCAAUCCGAAAGAAUGUAUUCCCAGCACAAAUCAAUGCACGUACCAUUUCCCUCCCGGCAUCUCCAACUGUGACAUAUUGUGAGAAUGGUCAACGACGACAUGAAAAGGAAGAGGCACGGUUACUGCGAGAGGCCUUGCAGAAAAUGGAUGUCCUGGAUGACAUUAGUCUUCACCAAGCAGCCCAGAAUGAAGCUACAGAGCUAGUUUGGAUGCACCAAAAUCCUGGCAAAGCUUUUAAAAACCCUUAUGCGCCAUACCAAAAUCCAGAUGCCAACAAACACAACCAGAGCCCUGUCCGAAAUGGUUCGCGAGGAUCUAUCCCCCCGAUAAAUAAAUUCAGCCAGUCCACAGGUUCAAAUUUCUCCUCGGACGGUAACUCUAGUCCUGAGUCAGUUCGGAAACGAUCAUCCCUAGCUGGACCCUCGAAAAAGAAUCUCAAAGUUAACUUUAAACUCCCCGACGAGGAGCCCGAGCAAUCCGUUGCCCCCCAAUCACCGACUGUCAGCAACGUUUCACCGAAAGGGAUUUUCAAGGACCCCAACGACCAAAUUUACGAAGCGCCCAUUGAUACUCGGAAAAAACCCGAGGCAAAGCCGGAAUUCUUCAAAUCUGACUCGUCAAUUCUGAAAAACAAGCCACGCAAUGCUCUGGGGCGUGUUCCUAAGCCACUGCCUUGGUUGCAGAACAAAGCUCACAGUAGCCCUGUGAUGGAGAAAAUCUUAAAAUUUGAAGUUCACAAGGACCCUCCCAGCCAGUCGCGUAACGCUGGCUACACUCGAAACGAAAGCACGACCCCUCCUCCGACUCGGUCGAACAACGCCGGUUAUACCAGAAAUGAGAGUGCUACUCCUCCUCCCUCGGAACCAAAAAAAGGAUCCGCCCCCACCCAGGAUGGAAGAGAAAGACGCAGUGACGAAAUUCGCGCAGCUACGAGCAAAAGACGGGGAGAUCGGAGUGAAAAGUUACCAAUGCCUUCAGCCGUCAGUGAUCGAAUUGGACGCCCGAUCGUGAGCUUCGACCAGACCUGGAAACCAACUGACCAGCCGAAGCCUGUUCGUCCAACCCUGCCCGUGGUUGAAGUGGCAGCACCGACCAUUGAAGUCUCAGCCCCUACAAUCGAAGUCUCCGAGCCAUCUCCAAUCCCCGUGGUCAACAUCCCGGACAUCAAAGUACCUACUAUUUCUGAGAUCGAGGCCUAUUCCAAGCAAUCGACUAGACCACUGCCCCAGCCGACGAAAAACAGCCUCAGUAAACAGGCGUUUCCGAGACAGCAGGGAUCUGAGUUGCAGAGCCGUUGGUACUCGCCAUAUACACGGUCUGGUGUCCCGACUGCAAGCUGUGAGCUCUGUACGCUAUCCAUUUCGGGCAAAAUUGUGACCGCUGGCGGAUGCCGAUUCCACCCAGAGUGCUUUACCUGUUUCCACUGCCACACAGCUCUCGAAUGUGUGGCUUUCUACCAAGAACCGGAGUCUAGCAGAGCCGAGAGACUAGAAAAAACCGAGGCUGAUGACCAUGAGGCCCGUGUACCACGCUUCUACUGCCAUCUGGAUUUCCACGAAAUGUUCAGCCCACGUUGCAAGAGCUGCAAGACCCCUAUCGAAGGAGAAGUGGUCGUGGCAUGUGGUGCCGAAUGGCAUGUCGGCCACUUCUUCUGCGCAGAGUGUGGUGAUCCCUUCGAUUCCCAAACUCCCUUUGUCGAGAAAGAUGGCUUUGCGUGGUGUCUCCACUGCCAUUCCCGCCGUACCGCGCCACGUUGUCUGGGCUGCAAGCAGCAAGUCAUGGACGAGAUUGUCAUCACUGCAAUUGGCGGCCAGUGGCACGAGCUCUGCUUCACUUGCCACGAGUGUGGUGAUGGGUUUGGUCCGGAGGGCCGUUUCUUUGUUCGUGAAGGUGAGCCCAAGAGAACAGCGAAGGGCCGGGUCAUCGGAGGUCCAGUCCAACUGGCUGUUUGUGAGAGAUGUGAAGGUAUCCGUCUAAAGGCGCCUGGGAUGUGCUAG